ACAAAACGAAGCUUGCUCAAUUUAGAAUUUAGAUACUCCUUGCAGCCCAAAACCCAAUCUGGAGACUGGUCCCGAGCCCAUUUCAAGGAUCGGGCCGUGAUUUUUAUAUUUGAUCCAGUUUAUCGAGAAACGCAAUAACUUCCAAUUACCAUUACCUGUGCGAGGCUGAGCUAAAUAGUCAGAAGAGGAAGAACAGGUGCUCCCAAAUCCUUCCUUCUUUUCCAAUCGCCACCGUCUCCUAAUCCCUACAAUGAACGUCUCCAAAACGCCGUUCAACGGCUACUCCGUCAAAUUCAGCCCCUUCUACGAGGAUCGCCUCGCCGUCGCCACCGCCCAGAACUUCGGUAUCAUCGGCAACGGCCGCGUCCACGUCUUCUCCCUUCCCCCAACCCCUACCGGAGCCCUCACCGAGAUCAUCUCCUUCGACACGGCCGACGGCGUCUACGAUCUCGCCUGGUCCGAAUCCCACGACUCCCUUCUCAUCGCCGCCGUCGCCGACGGCUCCGUCAAGCUCUUCGACACCAACCUCCCGCCGCCGCAGAACCCGCUCCGAUCCUUCCAGGAGCACACGCGCGAAGUCCACGGGGUGGACUACAACCCCACGCGCCGCGACUCCUUCGUCACCGCCUCCUGGGACGACACCGUCAAGCUCUGGUCGCUCGACCGCCCCGCCAGCAUCCGUACUUUCAAGGAACACGCCUACUGCGUCUACUCGGUGGCGUGGAACCCGAGGCACGCCGACGUCUUCGCCUCUGCCUCCGGCGAUUGCACGGUGAGGGUUUGGGAUGUGCGCGAGCCGGGAUCCACGAUGAUAAUCCCGGGCCACGAGGCUGAGAUCCUGUACUGCGAUUGGAACAAGUACGACGAGUGCUUGAUUGCUACCUCCUCGGUGGACAAGAGCAUUAGGGUUUGGGAUGUGAGGAAUUACAGGGUGCCCAUCGCGUCUUUGAAUGGCCAUGGAUUCGCGGUCAGGAAGGUGAAAUUCUCCCCGCACCAUCGCAACUUGAUGAUGUCUUGCUCCUACGACAUGACUGUGUGUAUGUGGGAUUUCAUGGUGGAAGAUUCGCUGGUUGGAAGGUACGAUCAUCACUCUGAAUUUGCUAUUGGGGUGGACUUCAAUGUGCUUGUUGAAGGCCUGGUUGCGAGUACUGGAUGGGACCAGAUGGUUUUCGUCUGGCAGCAUGGAACUGAGCCUAGAGGGCCUUGAAACUUUGGGGUAGUGGUCUUGGUCUCUGUACUAGUAUCUGUUCCUUGUUGUUCUGUGGGGUUGAAUCAUGGAUGCAAAAAUUACUGAAUUGCAAUAGCUGGAUGUGUUCAAAUGUCAUACUUGUUCAGGAUGGAGUUUAGUACACCUCUGUUGUUUUCUUUUGCAGCAACGCAAAUGUGAGAUUAAUUCAGAAGGGCUGUGUCUGUCUUGAUUAAAUAGUUGAUUGAUUACCUAUUGACCGAUCCCAUUUAUAUCAGUUUUUCAGUUGUGGGAAGGACAAUAAGAUUUCAUGCUGAGACUUUCUGUUGACUCCCAAGUUUGGGUUCAUUGAGUAAUGGAAGGUGCAUAGCUGAUUCAUCAUUGCAACCUGUUUUAUAUAGCUUAUGUCUAGAAAUGAAAACGGGCACCCUUCCUUGAACUGGAAGUGAUGCAAAAAUGUUGUCUUUUGAGUUCAAUUCGUGUCUAUGGGGGUCUACGGUGUGAUGCUCAAGUAUGACCCGGGGAGAUGCAUGCUAACUAUGGGUAGGAAAGAGGAACCAUUAUGUAAAUAACUUCGGGGGAUUACAGAUCUCUUAUACUACCAUUGGGGAAAAACAAGUUCUAUUCUAUCUGUUGUCACAAGGAGAAACAUGGUUACUGGUUUCUGUCUGUCUUUACAAGAUUACACUUUGGGUUAUGAUAUAUCAGUGUUUUUCAUACUCAGUGGCUGACGUACUUACAAAUUUUGAAAUUGGCUGUACUGAGUUGCUGAUUAACUAGUGGGAGUUCAUGGCUGUUGAUUUGAGGUUUGCUAGACAGUUUGAAUAUUAGAGUAAGUGUUAAGUUAGAUUUGGGUUUCUAUGUGCCAGAGUCUGCUACUGGUACGAUUUCUCCUACUCAUGGUCAUGGGGCCAAUGAUUGUGUGGUUUAACUGUUCAUUGAUCCUGCUCCAUCUCCUGAUGACUAUAAGAUGGUACAGUUAGUAAAUACUUGUGCUUGACGUCAUCUCUUUUUUGACUUCUGUGCAACACUUUUCAUUUCACUGAACAAACUAUUUUGGCUCCAAGGCUGUACUGGUUCGUCAUCUCUGUGAUCCAGUGAUCUGAUUGUGUUGAAGUAAGUUCGCUCUUUGAUGCUCAGUCGUCUAUUGCAAUUUAACCGAGCUGCACUGAUUUUGUGAUAGGUUAUAUUUAUCAUGUAUGUGAAUCUCUUAACUUACAUUGUAGGUGCUAAACCGGUCCAUUUGGAUAGCCAGAUAUUCGGUGAGGCAGCAUUUCCUUGUAACCGAAACCGAACUAUUGGGUAACAGUUGACCAAAAUCGGCAAGGGUCCUUAAAAGUUUGGUUUGGUCUUUGAAACCAACAGGUUCUACUGUACAGUGUGUAUACCAGUUUAGUAAGUUUUCUAGUCGAAUUGCAGGUACGGUUUUUAGGCCCUUGGUAUAGACUAUAGACUCAGUAGAGUCUCUCUUCUCUCCUUUCCUCUCCUCUCAAAAGUUUAUGUCCAUACAAAAGCUGGGAAAUCUCUGUUAUCUCCGUCUUCUUCAUAAUAAGCCCACCAACAAGAAGGGAAAUUGAAACGAUGGAUGUCAACAACAACCAGCAACGGAACAACAACAAAGGGACUUCUCCAGCGUUGGCGCUGGCCUUGAUGGCCUUCCUACAGUCGAAGACCAUCCAGGGCAUACAUUACCAUCUCCCCAUUAGUUCAAUUGGUAGUCUGCUGCUCUUAGCACUAGCCUGCCCAGCUGAGUUGUUGAAAAGGGACUCGAUGUUAGAUUCAUAAAAACUUGUCGAAACUUGACUUGUAUUUUAACGAGUUGAAUUUGAACUAAGUCUUGUUCAGCUUGUGAGGCCAGUGAGCCAGUUCGACUCGAUAUUUUAUUGAGCUCAACUUGUGAGUUGACUCAUUUUGUGCUCAUGAGAUGCUUAUAUGGCUAGCGAGCCAACUCGACUAUUAGCUUAUGAGCAGGAACACUCCCCUACCGAUAUAUUUGUACAUCUCACAGCUUCGGGAGAUCGCUUAACCCCGUUCAACUUCGUCGCAAGAGCGACCGAUUAGUGAUUUAUUAUGCACUCUUUCAAGGGUGGCUAGCCAACUCGACUAUUAGCUUAUGAGUAAAUCAAUCUAUGUCUU